UCCCGCCGCCUGCUCCUCCUGGCCGCCAGGGGGCGUCCGCCCGCGCUAGGCCCUGCCCCUAUGGGCGGCGCCGCCUGGCGGGAGGCGCUGCCGCAGGGCGCGCGGGGCCGGUGCUGGCGGCGGCAGCGGUGGCGGCGGCGGCCAUGUCCCGCCGGGCCCCGGCGCAGUACUUGGGCUCCCUCAGGCCUAGGUCGGUGCAAGCCAUGGGGCCACAGACGGCGGCAGGACAGAUGGAGGCGCAGCAGCUGCAGGAGCUGCGGAGCCGGACAGAACGGGCUGAACGGAGGCUGUUGGCCUGUGAGAACCUGGUUGGGGAGCUGGGCAGCAACCUGGCUGCACUGGGCAGCCUUCUUCAGGACUAUGGGCACCUCCAGCAACGCUUGGACAACGUGGAGAACCUCCUGAAGAACAGGAACUUCUGGAUCCUGCGGCUGCCCCCCAGCUCCCGGGGUGAGAUCCCCAAGGUGCCACUCACCUUUGAUGACAUCUCUGUGUACUUCAACGAGCAGGAGUGGGAGAGACUGGAGCGCUGGCAGAGGGACCUCUACAGGGCUGUGAUGAGGGGGAACUAUGAGACACUCAUCUCCCUGGACUAUGCUGUGUCCAAGCCUGACAUCCUCUCCAAGAUGGAGAGGGAUGAAGAGCUGUGCAUCGAAGAUGGUCUGAAGCACCCUCAAACACACAUUGGACACCAUCAGGAGCCCUCAGAGCCACGUACCAGAGGAGAUCAGGAGCUACUGCAGGCACCAGAAGCAAUGGACCAGGCAGAAGAGGCUUUGGGAAAAGAUAAAGUCCCCCUAGAAGCUGACACAGAGCGUGCUGUGUCCAGGCCUGGUGUCCCAUCCUGCAUCCAGAGGAGUGCAGAGCUCUGUGUCAGAGACAGACCCCAGACUCGCAGCAGCAGCAGUCAGAAGCCUCCACAGACAAACAUCCCAGACAGUCGGAAGCCAUCUCAGACCAGCAGCCCACGUGGUCAGAAGCACCCACAGACAGCAAUCACAGAUGGUCAGAAGCCUCCACAGAUGAGCCUUACAGACAGUCAGAACCCCCCACAGACAGAUGUCCCACGUGCUCAGAAGCCCCCACAUGGUCAGAACGCCCCACAGACAGAGGUCCCACGUGCUCAGAAGCCCCCACAUGGUCAGAGCGCCCCACAGACAGAGGUCCCACGUGCUCAGAAGCCCCCAGCUCUGAGCAGUCGGAGGUCUCCAGAGACAGGCGUCACAGCGCAAGAGAAGGCCCCACAGACACUGGAAGAGACUGAUUCGGGAGCAGAUGAAGUCCCCACGGAGGGUGACAAAGAAGCCCCCAUCAUGAUGAUGAACAUCGUGUCCCUCAGGACACCAAAAGAGAAGCUGUGCGGGGAAGAUCAGUCUGAGAUGGAGAUGGAAGAGGACUCAGCUGAGCCUGACUCGGAGGAAGACACUUUAAUGGAGGGCGAAACAGCACACAAAGGAGCUUCUGCAAACGUCAAGGUGAAGAAAGAGGAGCCUGAAGAAUUGCAAGAGGUUUCUGCAGCCUCUCCCAGCUCAGAGAUCCAAAAGUAUCCCAGGAAUGAGCAGGCCAAAGCCAAGAGCAAGAAGAAGCUGAGCCGGUGCGAGAGCAGCAGCCUGCUGAUGGGCAACUGCCGCCGGGGCUACGUGCGCGAGUGGUCGCACCCCUGCACCGAGUGCGGGAAGCGCUUCCGCCUCAAGAUCAACCUCAUCAUCCACCAGCGCAGCCAUGCCAAAGAGGGGCCCUAUGAGUGCUCCAUGUGUGAGAUCAGCUUCAACAGCAAACACCACCUGGACCUUCACCAGGGCAUCCACAUCAAAGACAGAGCUUUUGGGGCCAAAGUCUGGGGCAAUGUCCACCCCGAGCUGAGGAUCCGACCCAGGAGGAAGUUCUGUGAGAAUCUGCAUGGAGGUAGGUCCCAUUGCCCAGGCUAUGGGCACACUGGUGGGGCCUUGCCGGACCAGACCAAGGAGGAGCCACCAGACAGAGGGAGCCCAUCCAGUGGCUAUUUGUCCAAACAGCAUAUCUCCAAGUCUCCCAGGAAGCCCUCACUGAAGUGCAACCACUGCAAGAAGAUCCUCUCCUGCCCCCACUCCCUGCAGCGGCACCUGCGCACCCACAUACACGAGAGGCCGUACUGCUGCAACACCUGCAAGAAGUGCUUCACCCGCAGAAACCACCUCGAGCGCCACGAGAAGAUCCAUGAACGACAGAAAGCCCUGGAUGCUGCUCUUCAACAGCCCUCCAUGGCCCAGUCCAACACCACCACGCCAGCAUCUCACCAGCCUCCACCGCAGGCAACCUCGGCAGCACCCCCAAAACGCAUGAGCCCUGCGGCUGCCACAGCCCAAUCAGCUUUGGCAAACGUGCUCCUGAUGGGUUCCUCAGAACUGGGAGCAACAGUUAAGAACUGCCACAGCUGGGCUAGCAGAGCCACCCAGCCCGUGGUUAGACUAGGAAGCAGGGCAACAGUUGUGGAGAAAUGACAGUGGGAGAGAUGGGAAUCGCUGGAGAGAAACAGCAUGAGCGUUGGUGCGCAGAGCAGGGUGCUGGGGCUGUGAACCAUCUGUCUGCUGGGGCUAAGGAGCUCUCCUGGCUUGUAGAAGGAACCCAAAGCUUGGAUGUCACCACAGAGAGCCAAUUACAGGUGUUUCCAGUGAUACAAGAAUGCUCUUCCAUUCCUCAGGCUCUGCUGAGCUCAACACUGGAGCCAACCCCUUGCAUCUAGUAUUGCAACAGCACGGUGGAGAAGACCGAGGGGAAUUAAGCUGAUGGAUCCCCAAGAAGCUCCUUCCUUCCUGACAAUGUUUCCUGACCAAGAUACCAGAUGAGAGCAUGGCAUCUCCAAGACACCCCUUUGUGUCCUGGCCACUCACCCUGGUGAGGAAGUCAGCCCCUGAUUGGGUUGAAAGCACUCAAGUAUUGCACUGGAAGAAACAAAUCAAAUCACAACAUUCUCUGCUCCUGAAGGUGCACUGGGGCCCUCUGAGGUCCCAGCACCACCCCCUUCCUUCAUCCAAGGCUGGGCCACCAACACCCCCAAGAGUCAACCCCCUCAGGACCAGCCUGCACAGAUGAAGACUCACUUCAGACAUGCCUUAUGGGUGAGAUUUCCUCUGAGCUGCAGGAGCUUCUGGCUAUGUGAGGAGCCCUCCUUGAGGCUUGGAGCUCCCUUUGGGGCUUGGAGCUCUCUUUGGGGCUCAGCCCCCUUCACUUGGCACUCACUGUCCAAACCAUAGGUCACAUCUCCUUGAGUCAUGUACUGAAUCCCACCAUAGCUAGCCCCAUGAAGACUAGUUCUGCUGAGCUACCUCAAAUGCCUGAUGGAGCAAGGCUUGCCCCGAGGCAGAUGGGUAACUGGUGAAAACCAGGCCAGGGGAGGCUCUGGUGUCCCCAAGAACCACAUGAACCACUCAUGUCCUGUGUGCUGCUGGGGAGCACCAAGAGCAUAGAGGGGCAGGUGGGUCCUGGAGGCAUUGCUGUGCAGAGCAAAUGCUGCCAAGGCUCUGGAGCUUAGUUUUCUGCUUUUUAUUUUUCACUGAUGUAAUGAUUUGAGGUCACUAAGGCCCUCUCCUGGACACCAGUUUCCUUCUCAUAUUUUUUCAUUCCUGGCCACUCAUGAGGUCUGCUGGGCUGCAGUGGUGCUUUGGGUGCCAAGGAGAUGUGUCCCACACUGUGUCCCAGUGUUAUCCUUGGUCCCCCCUUAGCCCCCUGGGAGGGACAAUGGUGUCAGAGUUGCUCCACAAGGACACACACGAGGUCCUGCUGCUCCACUGGGCUCAAUUCUUAGUUCCUGUCCCCAGGGCUGAAGAGCACAUGCAGGGUAGCAUUAGCCAAGGAGGGGGUGACCGUGGCAGAUGAGUCAUCCUCAUGUCCCCAGUAGGACAGUGCUGGCACCAAACCCUGUAGGACACCAUCAUGGUCAGUGUCCUGUGAUGAUGGUCUGUCAGGGAGAUGUGCUACGGUGAGUGAUUGAGACUGGGUAGAGAUCCCAGUGCCCCCCACUUAGUGCCAGCAAUGUGAGUGGUGAGGUGGCACGGAGGGGCAGGCCUCUCCCUCUCAAGCUGUUGUGACUGGGACCAGUGUGCCCUGUAAACCCCCUUCUCAGGCAAUGGAUCAAUAAAAGAUUUGUCUGUA